GUCUGAUCAUAAAUUCUAGGAAUGGCUAUUUUGGCGUCUCUUGCGCCAUUUUGAGAUUUUAAAUAGAGCGAUGACUUCACUUCACGUGUCUUUAAGAUGCUUCCGGCCUUGAAAUUGUAUUUUAAAUUUUGAUUUUAUUGAACUUAAUAUUUUUAAAAGUUUAUAUAAUAAAAUCUUAUAGAAAUUAUAAUUUUUAAGUAUUUGAUGGGCAUAAAUUUCUUAUCAGAAAAAGCAAAUUGGAUGCUAGAAAUUGUUUCUCAUAAAAAUAAAAUAAAAGAAGGUAAAGUAACAGAAAAAUAUGAAAAGUUUGGAAAUUAUGAUGAUAAAAAUAUGUUUAAGACAUUUGAACUACUUGAUAGAUAUGCGAGGUUUAUUUAA